AGCAGGGGCAGCCUCGUUGCUAUGGCACCGGGGGGCCUUCCAUGAGGACGGCGCGCGAUAUGGCGGCGCCCAUGGCGAGCGCGGGAACGGGGCCGCGGCCGGGGCCGCGCUGAGCGCGGGGGGCUCGGAGCCGGUACCGGCCAGCGGAGCUGGGACUGCCCGGGAAUGGCGGACGGGCCGGGACGGGCCAGGGCUUCUCGGGCCCGGAGCAGCUCACCUGAUCCCAUUGAGGAUGUGCUCGGGGAGCUCCUGGGAUCCGAUGAGGAGGCCCCGGCUCCGCCCUCCCGAGGUUCCCACGCCCCCUUCCCACAGGGGCCCAUGGAUCAGCUGGAGGAGCUGGACGAGCUGGAUGCAGAAAUCCUAGGAAUGCCCAGAGCCGGGUCCAGGCCGGGGAAAUGUGGCGGGAAGGGGCCGGGUUCCCAAAAAGCCCUGCCCGUCCGUGCCGAUGUCACCUUUGGGGACGACGUCGAUGACCUGAUGGAUUCCCUGGGACUUGGCAGCGACGGAGCCGGGAGCGCGCCGGGAACGCCGGGGGGCCAGGGGCUCCAGAAGGGCCGCGCUGGGAUCCAGGAGAAGCCGGGAAAGGCGGAAUUCCAGACGGAGCCCAAGGGGCAGGAGGAGCCAGGGCCGGGCGAGGCCCGGGUGGAGCCGGGAUUUCCCUUCGGAUCCUACGAGCCCUCGGUGGCUUCAGGGACCGGGCGGAGACAGGGACGGAGGUGUUCGGUUGGGAGCAGCUCCCGUCGUCCCUCUGGGGCCGCCUGGCUGGGGCUGAAGGACGAGGAUUUCCUGGGACUGGGGGACGAGGAUCCCCUGGGACUGGGACAGAAGGACAAGGAUGCCACAGGACUGGGAUCAAAGGACGAGGAUUUCCUGGGGUCGGGAUCGAAGGACAAGGAUUUCCUUGGAGUGGGAUCAAAGGACAAGGAUCACCCGGGAUUGGGAUUGAAGGACAAGGAUUUCCUGGGAUUGGGACAGAAGGAAAAGGAUCCCCCGGGAUCAAAGGACAAGGAUUUCCUUGGAGUGGGAUCAAAGGACAAGGACUUCCUUGGACUGGGACAGAAGAACAAGGAUCCCCCAGGACUGGGACAGAAGGACAAGGAUUUCCUGGGACUGGUACCAAAGAACAAGGAUUUCCCGGGAUUGAAGGACCAGGAUUUCCUGGGACUGGUACCAAAGAGCAAGGAUUUCCCAGGAUUGAAGGACCAGGAUUUCCUGGGACCGAAGGCUGAGGACCCCCCGGGCCCCGGUGCCCCUGGAUCCCCGGUGCUGCGGGAGCGGCGCUGCCCUGGCCCUGCCCUGGCCCCGGAGCCGAAUUCCCACCCCCGGAGGGUCCCGGAGCCCCCAGAGCCCGGCAGGCUGGAGCCCCUGCUCAGGACACGGCCCGGCGGGCAGGUGGCAGCAGCCGUGCAGGAGGUGCCAGGUCCUGCCAUGCUCGCUCAGGAGGAUCUGGUGUGGGAUCUAACCCUGCCACGUCCAGAGAAUCCCCGAGCUCUCCCGUCCUGGCUCUGCCCGGAGCACCCCGCAGCUUUCCCAGCCCAGAGACACCAGGAGGGUCCUGGAGCUCUGCCAUCCCAGCAGCUCCAGGAGGGUCCUGGAGCUCUGCCAUCCCAGCAGCGCCAGGAGGGUCCUGGAGCUCUGCCAUCCCAGCAGCGCCAGGAGGGUCCUGGAGCUCUGCCAUCCCAGCAGCACCAGGAGGGUCCUGGAGCUUUCCCAUCCCAGCCCCACCAGGAGGAUCUGGGAUCUCUCCCAUCCCGGCCCCACCAGGAGGAUCUGGGAUCUCUCCCAUCCCGGCCCCACCAGGAGGAUCUGGGAUCUCUCCCAUCCCAGCCCCACCAGGAUUCCCAAACUCUCCAAUCCCACCCGUGCCAGGAGCAUCCCGGCUGUGGGAUCGCCCUGCGCAGCCUCCAGGCCCGGCUGGAGGAGCUGGAGAACCAGGUGCAGACUCUGGAGCAGGAGCGGGCACGGUGGGGACUGGUCCUGCAGGACCUCCCGGAGAGCUGCCACAGAUCCCAGGAUCACCCCAGACCCCAUGAUCACCCCAGAUCCCAGGAUCACCCCAGACCCCAGGAUCACCCCAGAUCCCAGAAGCAGGACGAGCAGCUCACAGCGCUCCAGGCCAGGCUGUGCCAGCAACAGCAGGAUGCAGAGCGGGAGCGGAGCCGGCUCCAGGAGGCCAUGGCUGACUUGGAGACCAGGCUGGGGGAGCGGGAGCAGCUCCUGGAGCAGGAGCGCCGCCGCGCCACUGCUGAGCGCUGCCGGGCGGAUUCGCUGCGGGAGGCGCUGGAGGAGCAGCGGCGGCUCUCGGCACAGCUGCUGGCCAUGGAGAGGGCGGCACUGGACGAGGCCAAGGGCGCGUGGCUGGAGGAGCAGCGGGCGGAGCUGCGGGACCGCUCCGAGGAGCGGCGGCGCCUGGCGGCUGCCUGGGCCGAGUUCCACUCACGGGAGCGGCUGAGCCGGGAGCGGGAGGAGCAGGACAAGGAGCGUGCCCUGGGUGUGGACUCGGCGCUGAAGAGCCUGGCCAAGGAUCAGGCAGAGCUGAAGUUCCGGAGCCGGGAGCUGAGAUCCAAGGAGGAGCAGCUGGCCAGGGACAGGGAGGAGCUGGAUGAGGCCUGGCGGGAGCUGAGGCUGGAGAAGGAGAAGGUUCUGCGGGCUGAGCAGCGCCUGCAGGAGCGGGAGGAGGAGAUCCGUGACCUGGCCGAGCGCUCGGUGCAGCAGCAGCAGGAGGGGCAGCGGGCGCUGCGGGAGGCGCGCAGGGCGCAGCAGGAGCAGCGGCAGCGGCUGCAGGAGCUGCACCAGCAGCAGGAGCAGCUGCGGCAGCAGGAGCAGCGCCUGGCACAGGGCCGGCGGAGCCUGGAGCGGCAGCGGGAGCAGCUCCGGGAGCUGCAGGAGGAGCUGGGCCCCGGCCUGGGGACAGCGCUGGGGACAGGGACAACGCUGGAGACACUGCCAGGGAUGGGGACACUGCUGGGGACACCGCGGGUGGCUCCGGUGUCUCCCGGGCUCCUGCCAGCCCUGGGGACACUCCUGGGGGACAGCAGGGACAGGGACACUCUGCUGUCCCCUCCUGCAGCCUCUCCGGUGGCCCCGGGGCUCCUGCCAACCCUGGGGACACUCCUGGGGGACAGCGGGGACAGCGCGGCCGCGCUCUACGGACACGUCCUGCUGCUGAAACACCGCGCCAGGAUGGACCACGAUUUCCUGGAGAGCGAGCGGCUCUUCCUGGAGAGCCUGAGAAAAGGGCCCUGAGCCCGUCUGCAGGGGGAAAGGGGGCUUUGGAAAAGUAAAAACAAAAUAAAAACACAAAUUGAAAAAAAAAAAAUUCCCUGCUGAGAGCCCUCCCUGUUUACAGGCAGAAAAAUGGAUUUUUGUAAAAAUAGAAAUAAAUUCUCACGUGAAAACCAUCUCCCAUUUGCAAAGAGAAAAAUGUAUUUUUGUAAAAAUAAAAAUAAAAAUAAAAAUAAA